AUGACCUCACAACGCGAACAAGAUGAUGAAAGAAUUGAAGUUGAAAACGAGCUCAUCAAUCCAGAUCUUGACCCAUCAUCCACCAAGAAAAAGAAGGCCCCAAAUUACACCGAGCCAGAGGAUUACGAGUUGUGUCGAGCUUGGAUUCGAAUCUCUGAAGAUCCCGCGGUCGGAACACACCAAGACGGGCACACCUUUUGGCAAAGGGUCACAACCGCUUACCAUGAGGCCAUUCCAACUCCCAUUCGACCAGUUGACAGCACCAAAAAGCAAUGGGGAAUCUUGCAACGCUGGAUCAACAAAUUCCAUGGUUGCGUGCAUCAAGCUGAACUGUUGAAUCAGAGCGGUCAGUCUGCCAAAGAUCACUUAAACCGAGCUCUUCGACUAUACCCGCAUGAUCUCCAAAUGCACUUCAAGCAUCUUCGUUGCUACAAUAUGUUGGUCAAAUCAUCGACUGCCCCCGAUGAAUCAACGCCAGUACCAUCCGAUGCCGUCUCCGACUUUGAGGGCACUCCGGAAGAUGUUUCAACCCUUGAGAGGCCUAUGGGAAAGAAGAAGGCAAAGAUGGCUCAACAACUAGCCAUGAAGGAUAGCGCCUGGAAGGAGAAUGUUGCUCAAGCCCAUGUGGAUAUUGCCUCUCAAUCAAAGCGCAAUAACGAUAUCCUCGAUACAGACUCACAAUCUCUCAAGGAAAUUGCGGAAAAUGGUAAAGUCGCUGCUCAGCUGGCCAUCAUGAACCAGGACCUUGAAGGUCUUGAUGAUGAACAGAGGGAAUAUUUCAAGUUAAAAAGAGCUCAAAUUCUCUCUUCACUCCGACAAAGCUAAAUCACAAGUAUUAUCUCAGGAACACCACUCUCAAUUGAUUGUCUAUCCUAUCUGUCGAUGAAAG